UCCAGGUCCAAGCACUACAACUGAAACACUAACAACUACAGAGGAAACAACCACAACUACAAAUGUACCAUCAUCUACAACACCAAUAUCAACCAUCACUACUGAAUCCACAACAAAGGCUACAACAAGCACAGAACCAACAACAGAAACAACUGGCAUUACAACUACUCCAGCUCCAAGCACAACAAUCACAGAACCAACAAUAGAAACAACUGCAGUUACAACUACUUCAGCUCCAAGCACUACAACUGAAACACAAACAAGUACAGAGGAACCAACCACACCUACAACACCAAUAUCAACCAUCACUAAUGAAUCCACAAGACAGGCUACAACAAGCACAGAACCAACAACAGAAACUGCAAUUACAACUACUCCAGCUCCAAGCACAACAAUCACAGAACCAAUAAUAGAAGCAACUGCCGUUACAACUACUCCAGCUCCAAGCACUACAACUGAAACACAAACAACUACAGAGGAACCAACCACACCUACAACACCAAUGUCAACCAUCACUACUGAAUCCACAACACAGGCUACAACAAGCACAGAACUAACAAUAGAAACAACUACAGUUACAACUACUCCAGCUCCAAGCACUAAAGCUGAAACACAAACAAAUACAGAGGAACCAACAACAGCUACAACUGUAUUAUCAUCAACAGCAAUAUCAACCAUCACUACUGAAUCCACAAGACAGGCAACAACAAUCACAGAACCAACAAUAGAAACAACUGCUAUUACAACUACUCCAGCUCUAAGCACUACAACUGAAACACAAACAACUACAGAGGAACCAAUCACACCUACAACUGUACCAUCAUCUUCAACAGCAAUAUCAACCAUCACUGCUGAAUCCACAAGACAGGCUACAACAACCACAGAACCAACAAUAGAAACUGCAAUUACAGCUACUCCAGCUCCAUGCACUACAACUGGAGCUCAAACAACUACAGAGGAACCAACCACACCUACAACUAUACUAUCAUCAACACCAAUAUCAACCAUCACUACUGAAUCCACAAGACAGGCUACAACAAUCACAGAACCAACAAUAGAAACAACUGCAGUUACAACUACUCCAGCUCCAAGCACUACAAUUGAAACACAAACAACUCCAGAGGAAACAACCACACCUACAACACCAAUAUCAACCAUCACUACUGAAUCCACAACACAGUCUACAACAAGCCCAGAACCAACAAUAGAAACAACUGCAGUUACAACUACUCCAGCUCCAAGCACUACAAUUGAAACACAAACAACUCCAGAGGAAACAACCACACGUACAACUGUACCAUCAUUUACGACACCAAUAUCAACCAUCACUACUGAAUCUACAAGACAGGCUACAACAAACACAGAACCAACAACAGAAACAUCUGCCGUUACAACUACUCCAGCUCCAAGCACUACAACUGAAGCAUCAAAAGCAGAAUCAACUAAUCAAUUAACAAUCAAUAUUGCCACAAGCACCACAGCAGAAUCGUUAAAAACUACAUCAACUACACCUAAAUAUAGGUUACCAACUACAACUCUAUCAACGGAAGUAACCACUACCACUGAAUCCAAAACACAGGCUACAACAGAAACAACAACAGAAGGAACUAUUGCUUCUACUCCGGUUUCAAGCAAAUCAACUGAAGCAUCUACAACUACAGAGGAAACCGCAAUAAAUACAUCUGCAACUAUCCCAACAACAAUUACAACACAAAUAUAUGAAGUUCCCACAAAGGAAUCCACAACACAGGCUGCAACAACCACAGAACCCACAACAGAAGAAUCGUCAGGAUUAACAACUAUGUUUGCUCCAAGCACAACUAAAAAAUCAACAACUGCAGAAGAAAAUCUAACAUCUACACCUACAACUGGGAGCCCAACAACUAUACAUACAACUGUACCAACAAAGAUUACCACACCCACAAAUGAAUUGUCCACUACUACUUUUUGUUCAACACAGGCCACAACAAGCACAGAACCAACAAAAGCAGAAUCAAGUGCAUCUACAACUACACUAGUCCCAGGUACAGCAUCUGAAACAACAGCUACAGAAGGGACAAAUACAGCUACAAAUGUGCCACAAACUACAAUACUAACAACAAAAGUGACCUCUUCCACUGAAUCCACAACACAGGCUACUGUUACCACAGAACCAACAACUGCAGAAUCAUCUGGAUUAACAACUACAUUAGCUCAAAGCACCACCAAGGAAGCAUUAACAACUACAAAGGAAACACCAGCAGCGACGCUUACAACUCUACCACCAACUACAUUACUAACACCAGAAGUGACUCAUACAACUUCAUCCACACAGGCUACAACAACUACAGAACCAAUAACAGCAGAAUCAACAACAGUAGAAUCAAUGACCACAGAAUCAACAGGAUUAACAAUGACCUUAGUUCCAAGCACCUCAUCUGGAUCAACAACUACAAAGGAAUCUCAAUCAACUAUACUGACAACUGUGCCACAAACUACAACAAAAAUAAUAGAAGCAACUACUAUCUCUCAAUACACAUCACAGGCUACAAUAACUAUGGAACAAACAGCAGCACAAUCAGCUGCAUCUAUGACUAUUUUGAGUCCAAGCACUACACCUGAAGCAUCAUCAAAUACAGUGGGGGCACCAACAAUGCCAACAACAGAAGUACCCACUAUGAGUGCAUCCACAACACAGGCUACAACAUCCACAGAAUCAACAGCAACAGCAUCCACAACAGCAUUAUCCACAAUAGCAGAAUCAACUGGAUUAACAACCACAAUUUCUCCAGACACAACUGAGGAAACUCCAUCAACUACACCUACAACUGUGCCACCAACUCCAAUACUGGACAUGACCACUACAACUGAAUCCACAAUAGCAGAAUCAACUGAAUUAAAAACUACCUUAUCUCUAAGCACAACUAAAGCCCCAAAAACUACAGAGGAAACUGCAUCAACUACACCUACAACUGUGCAACAAACUUCAACCAAAACCAUGGACAUGACCAGAACUCCAGCAUCAACAACAGUAUCCCCAACAGCAGAAUCAACUCGAUUAACUACCUUAGCUCCAAGCAACACAAAUGAAGCAUCAACAACUACAGAGGAAAUUCCAUCAACCACACCAAAACCUCUGUCAGAAACUACAACUCAAACAAUGGAAGCAAAACUUACAACUGAAUUUACAACACAGGCACCACCAACUACAACACUGACAAUGGAAGUGACUACACCUACAACUGUGCCACAAAUAACUCAAACAAUGGAAGCAACCACUACAACCAAAUUCACAACACAAGCAAUAUCACCCACAGAACCACCAACAGGAGAAUCUACAAGAGUAGAAUCAACUGGAUUAAUAACUACCAUAACUCCAAGUACCACAACUGAAUCAUCAACUUCAGAGGAAACUCAAUUAACUACAUUUACAACUAUGCUCCCAACUACAACUUUAAACACAUUGGAGGUUACAACAACCACAGAACCAACAACAGCAGAAUCAACUAUAUUAACAACCAUCAUAGCUCCAUUCACCACAAUUAAAGUACAAACAGCUACAGAGGAAACUUCAUCAACUACACCUGCAACUGCACCACUAACUAAAACACUAACAACAGAACUGACCACUACCACUGAAUCCACAUCACAGACUGCAACAGCAGAAAGAAAAAGUACAACAACAAAAGAAGUGAGCAGUAAGACUGAAUCCACAACAGAAUCAACUGCAACCACAAGUAGCCUAACCACUAGCACUGUGACCAAAGAACAAACUGCAAAAGAAACUCCAACAAUUCCACCAACAACUACACCAACAAACACAGUGACCACUAUAUUCACAACACAGCCUACACAAACAACACAACCAACAGAAUCCAUUGUAUCUAUAACUUUUCCCACUCCAACAAACAUAAUGGAAGCACUAACAACUACAGUGGAAACCCAAGCAAAUACACCUACAACUGUAACACUAAUUGCAACAUCAACAACCAAAGUAACCACUACCUCUGAAUUCACAACACAGUCUACAACAACCACAGAGCAAACAGUAACUUCUCUGGUUCCAAACACUAACACUGAAGAGCCAACAACCACAAAGGAAACUCACAGAACAUAUCCAACCAUACCACCAGCAAUUAUAACACCAACAACAGAAGUAACCCCUACCACUGAGCCCACAACACAGGUUGCAACAACCACAGAGCUGACAACAGCAGUACCAACUGCAUCUACAAUUAGUAUAGCUCCAAGCACUACAACUGAAGCACCACCAACAACUCAACCUUCAACUACACUAAUGACCAAAUUGAUCACUAUUUCUGUGUCCACUCUUGAGCCCACAUCGACAACAGAAACAACAACAGAAGAACCGGCUGAAUCUUCAAUUUCUGUGCAUACAAGGACUACAACUGAAGCACCAACAACUACAGAGGGGACACUAACAACCACAUUUUCAAAUGUGCCAUCACCAACAACAGCAAAAACAACUAUUUUUCCAAAUCUAAGCACUUCAACAGAAACACUAGCAACUACACCUACAACUUUACCACCAUUUACAAUACCAACAACUGAAACUCACUCUAGCUCUGAAUCUUCAACACAGACUGCAACAAUCACAGAGGCAAUAGAAGCAAAAACAACCGAAUCAACUAAUACUCCAGCUCCAAACACUACUGCUGAAUUACCAACAACUGCAGAGGAAACAUCAUCUACACCAAUAACCACAGGAACAACUGCAACUACUUUUGCUUCAAACACUACAAGUGAAGCACCCACAACUGCAAAGUAUACUCUAAUAACUACUCCCACAUACAUAGCACAAACAACUCUAACAGCAAAAACAGAAUUGACUAUUGCAGUUUUAUCCUCUGCUCAGCCAAUUGCACUAUCAGCAAUAUAUCCAAAUUUUUCACAUACUCCUGUAACUCCAAGUAUUUCAAGUGAAACAGCAAAUACAGAAUCUACUCCUUUACCUUUUACAGAUGAUCAAGGUAAAAUAAAUUUAACACAAAAUACAACAUAUGUUACUCUAACUACUGCAGCUUUCAGCUCCACAACAUUAGUACCAGCAACUCCAGUGUCAACUCUAUCAAUUACACCUAUAUCAACAACAUCUACAACAGCCAAGGAAGAUUUGACCACUGCCACUGAUUUCACGAAAAAACCUUCCACACUUGCAAGAAAUACAAAUACAUCUGCUUCACCAAAACCUGAAAUAAAUACAACGGAAGCAAAUGGAACUGAUGACACUGCAAUUUCAGCCACACCUGUAACUACAUUAACUAUAACUGCCACGUCAAUAAAUACUUCAACUGCAGAAUCAACAAUUUAUACAAGUUCUCCUAACCGUGCAACGCACACAGUACCUUUCUCCACAAUAGCUGGCAUAGCUGUGGUUCAAACCAGGCUGAUGUUCAACUCGUCCGUUCCCAUUCCCAGCGAGACUUUGCUCCAUAGUGCAAUCACUGCCCUGUUGAGUUCUCGACUCACAAACAUCAGUGAUUCAAUAAAAGUCCUGAACUUCAAAUAUGAGACAAAUUCAAACAAUUCCUAUGUAGUCAUCUUGACAUUCAGCCUCAGCAACAUCAGCAUGCCAGAGAAACCUGACCUCAGCAACACUGAGACCCGAGUGCAGAAUUCCAUUAAUGAUGCUCUAAACACACUUUUGAAUGAACCUUGGCAAGAUCAAUUUGAACCGAAGUUGUCUACCUUCACAAGUUCAGGAAAACAAAUUGAAGGUUACAUGGUGUACAGUUUCCAAGAUGGUGAUGCGAAUACACUAAUGAACUUUCUCAGUGAGCUCCAAAAACAAAGCGGUAAUUAUACAUCAGUUCCUCGAUCAAGUACAACAGUUCCACUGUUGUCUUCAGCAGCAACUCCAAUAAUAAAAUCUGGUUCAGCUGUGGUUCAGGCCAGACUGGCCUUCAACUCCUUCACUCCCAUUCCCAGUGAGAGUUUGGUCCUCAGUGCCAUCACAUCUCUGUUGAGUUCUCGAUUCAAAGACCUCAGUGAUUCACUAACUGUGCUGAACUUCACCUACGAGAAUGUUUCAGAGACAUCCUAUGCAGUCAUCUUCACAUUCAGCAUCAGUAACAUGAGCAUUCCAGAGAACCCCGACCUAAGGAAUGGCACCUACACCCAAGUGGAGAACAUCAUCAAUAAUGCUCUAAACACACUUCUCAAUGCACCUGGCGCAGAACCAUUCGCACCCAAAAUCUCCAACUUCACAAGUUCAGGAAAACAGAUUGAAGGUGUAAUAGAGUACAUUCUCCAAUAUGGAGAUAGUAAUAUACCAAUCAGCUUUCUCAGUGAGCUCCAAAAACAAAGCGGUAAUUAUACAUCAGUUCCUCGAUCAAGUACAACAGUUCCACUGUUGUCUUCAGCAGCAACUCCAAUAAUAAAAUCUGGUUCAGCUGUGGUUCAGGCCAGACUGGCCUUCAACUCCUUCACUCCCAUUCCCAGUGAGAGUUUGGUCCUCAGUGCCAUCACAUCUCUGUUGAGUUCUCGAUUCAAAGACCUCAGUGAUUCACUAACUGUGCUGAACUUCACCUACGAGAAUGUUUCAGAGACAUCCUAUGCAGUCAUCUUCACAUUCAGCAUCAGUAACAUGAGCAUUCCAGAGAACCCCGACCUAAGGAAUGGCACCUACACCCAAGUGGAGAACAUCAUCAAUAAUGCUCUAAACACACUUCUCAAUGCACCUGGCGCAGAACCAUUCGCACCCAAAAUCUCCAACUUCACAAGUUCAGGAAAACAGAUUGAAGGUGUAAUAGAGUACAUUCUCCAAUAUGGAGAUAGUAAUAUACCAAUCAGCUUUCUCAGUGAGCUCCAAAAACAAAGCGGUAAUUAUACAUCAGUUCCUCGAUCAAGUACAACAGUUCCACUGUUGUCUUCAGCAGCAACUCCAAUAAUAAAAUCUGGUUCAGCUGUGGUUCAGGCCAGACUGGCCUUCAACUCCUUCACUCCCAUUCCCAGUGAGAGUUUGGUCCUCAGUGCCAUCACAUCUCUGUUGAGUUCUCGAUUCAAAGACCUCAGUGAUUCACUAACUGUGCUGAACUUCACCUACGAGAAUGUUUCAGAGACAUCCUAUGCAGUCAUCUUCACAUUCAGCAUCAGUAACAUGAGCAUUCCAGAGAACCCCGACCUAAGGAAUGGCACCUACACCCAAGUGGAGAACAUCAUCAAUAAUGCUCUAAACACACUUCUCAAUGCACCUGGCGCAGAACCAUUCGCACCCAAAAUCUCCAACUUCACAAGUUCAGGAAAACAGAUUGAAGGUGUAAUAGAGUACAUUCUCCAAUAUGGAGAUAGUAAUAUACCAAUCAGCUUUCUCAGUGAGCUCCAAAAACAAAGCGGUAAUUAUACAUCAGUUCCUCGAUCAAGUACAACAGUUCCACUGUUGUCUUCAGCAGCAACUCCAAUAAUAAAAUCUGGUUCAGCUGUGGUUCAGGCCAGACUGGCCUUCAACUCCUUCACUCCCAUUCCCAGUGAGAGUUUGGUCCUCAGUGCCAUCACAUCUCUGUUGAGUUCUCGAUUCAAAGACCUCAGUGAUUCACUAACUGUGCUGAACUUCACCUACGAGAAUGUUUCAGAGACAUCCUAUGCAGUCAUCUUCACAUUCAGCAUCAGUAACAUGAGCAUUCCAGAGAACCCCGACCUAAGGAAUGGCACCUACACCCAAGUGGAGAACAUCAUCAAUAAUGCUCUAAACACACUUCUCAAUGCACCUGGCGCAGAACCAUUCGCACCCAAAAUCUCCAACUUCACAAGUUCAGGAAAACAGAUUGAAGGUGUAAUAGAGUACAUUCUCCAAUAUGGAGAUAGUAAUAUACCAAUCAGCUUUCUCAGUGAGCUCCAAAAACAAAGCGGUAAUUAUACAUCAGUUCCUCGAUCAAGUACAACAGUUCCACUGUUGUCUUCAGCAGCAACUCCAAUAAUAAAAUCUGGUUCAGCUGUGGUUCAGGCCAGACUGGCCUUCAACUCCUUCACUCCCAUUCCCAGUGAGAGUUUGGUCCUCAGUGCCAUCACAUCUCUGUUGAGUUCUCGAUUCAAAGACCUCAGUGAUUCACUAACUGUGCUGAACUUCACCUACGAGAAUGUUUCAGAGACAUCCUAUGCAGUCAUCUUCACAUUCAGCAUCAGUAACAUGAGCAUUCCAGAGAACCCCGACCUAAGGAAUGGCACCUACACCCAAGUGGAGAACAUCAUCAAUAAUGCUCUAAACACACUUCUCAAUGCACCUGGCGCAGAACCAUUCGCACCCAAAAUCUCCAACUUCACAAGUUCAGGAAAACAGAUUGAAGGUGUAAUAGAGUACAUUCUCCAAUAUGGAGAUAGUAAUAUACCAAUCAGCUUUCUCAGUGAGCUCCAAAAACAAAGCGGUAAUUAUACAUCAGUUCCUCGAUCAAGUACAACAGUUCCACUGUUGUCUUCAGCAGCAACUCCAAUAAUAAAAUCUGGUUCAGCUGUGGUUCAGGCCAGACUGGCCUUCAACUCCUUCACUCCCAUUCCCAGUGAGAGUUUGGUCCUCAGUGCCAUCACAUCUCUGUUGAGUUCUCGAUUCAAAGACCUCAGUGAUUCACUAACUGUGCUGAACUUCACCUACGAGAAUGUUUCAGAGACAUCCUAUGCAGUCAUCUUCACAUUCAGCAUCAGUAACAUGAGCAUUCCAGAGAACCCCGACCUAAGGAAUGGCACCUACACCCAAGUGGAGAACAUCAUCAAUAAUGCUCUAAACACACUUCUCAAUGCACCUGGCGCAGAACCAUUCGCACCCAAAAUCUCCAACUUCACAAGUUCAGGAAAACAGAUUGAAGGUGUAAUAGAGUACAUUCUCCAAUAUGGAGAUAGUAAUAUACCAAUCAGCUUUCUCAGUGAGCUCCAAAAACAAAGCGGUAAUUAUACAUCAGUUCCUCGAUCAAGUACAACAGUUCCACUGUUGUCUUCAGCAGCAACUCCAAUAAUAAAAUCUGGUUCAGCUGUGGUUCAGGCCAGACUGGCCUUCAACUCCUUCACUCCCAUUCCCAGUGAGAGUUUGGUCCUCAGUGCCAUCACAUCUCUGUUGAGUUCUCGAUUCAAAGACCUCAGUGAUUCACUAACUGUGCUGAACUUCACCUACGAGAAUGUUUCAGAGACAUCCUAUGCAGUCAUCUUCACAUUCAGCAUCAGUAACAUGAGCAUUCCAGAGAACCCCGACCUAAGGAAUGGCACCUACACCCAAGUGGAGAACAUCAUCAAUAAUGCUCUAAACACACUUCUCAAUGCACCUGGCGCAGAACCAUUCGCACCCAAAAUCUCCAACUUCACAAGUUCAGGAAAACAGAUUGAAGGUGUAAUAGAGUACAUUCUCCAAUAUGGAGAUAGUAAUAUACCAAUCAGCUUUCUCAGUGAGCUCCAAAAACAAAGCGGUAAUUAUACAUCAGUUCCUCGAUCAAGUACAACAGUUCCACUGUUGUCUUCAGCAGCAACUCCAAUAAUAAAAUCUGGUUCAGCUGUGGUUCAGGCCAGACUGGCCUUCAACUCCUUCACUCCCAUUCCCAGUGAGAGUUUGGUCCUCAGUGCCAUCACAUCUCUGUUGAGUUCUCGAUUCAAAGACCUCAGUGAUUCACUAACUGUGCUGAACUUCACCUACGAGAAUGUUUCAGAGACAUCCUAUGCAGUCAUCUUCACAUUCAGCAUCAGUAACAUGAGCAUUCCAGAGAACCCCGACCUAAGGAAUGGCACCUACACCCAAGUGGAGAACAUCAUCAAUAAUGCUCUAAACACACUUCUCAAUGCACCUGGCGCAGAACCAUUCGCACCCAAAAUCUCCAACUUCACAAGUUCAGGAAAACAGAUUGAAGGUGUAAUAGAGUACAUUCUCCAAUAUGGAGAUAGUAAUAUACCAAUCAGCUUUCUCAGUGAGCUCCAAAAACAAAGCGGUAAUUAUACAUCAGUUCCUCGAUCAAGUACAACAGUUCCACUGUUGUCUUCAGCAGCAACUCCAAUAAUAAAAUCUGGUUCAGCUGUGGUUCAGGCCAGACUGGCCUUCAACUCCUUCACUCCCAUUCCCAGUGAGAGUUUGGUCCUCAGUGCCAUCACAUCUCUGUUGAGUUCUCGAUUCAAAGACCUCAGUGAUUCACUAACUGUGCUGAACUUCACCUACGAGAAUGUUUCAGAGACAUCCUAUGCAGUCAUCUUCACAUUCAGCAUCAGUAACAUGAGCAUUCCAGAGAACCCCGACCUAAGGAAUGGCACCUACACCCAAGUGGAGAACAUCAUCAAUAAUGCUCUAAACACACUUCUCAAUGCACCUGGCGCAGAACCAUUCGCACCCAAAAUCUCCAACUUCAUAAGUUCAGGAAAACAAAUUGAAGGUUACAUGGUGUACAGUUUCCAAGAUGGUGAUGCGAAUACACUAAUGAACUUUCUCAGUGAGCUCCAAAAACAAAGCGGUAAUUAUACAUCAGUUCCUCGAUCAAGUACAACAGUUCCACUGUUGUCUUCAGCAGCAACUCCAAUAAUAAAAUCUGGUUCAGCUGUGGUUCAGGCCAGACUGGCCUUCAACUCCUUCACUCCCAUUCCCAGUGAGAGUUUGGUCCUCAGUGCCAUCACAUCUCUGUUGAGUUCUCGAUUCAAAGACCUCAGUGAUUCACUAACUGUGCUGAACUUCACCUACGAGAAUGUUUCAGAGACAUCCUAUGCAGUCAUCUUCACAUUCAGCAUCAGUAACAUGAGCAUUCCAGAGAACCCCGACCUAAGGAAUGGCACCUACACCCAAGUGGAGAACAUCAUCAAUAAUGCUCUAAACACACUUCUCAAUGCACCUGGCGCAGAACCAUUCGCACCCAAAAUCUCCAACUUCACAAGUUCAGGAAAACAGAUUGAAGGUGUAAUAGAGUACAUUCUCCAAUAUGGAGAUAGUAAUAUACCAAUCAGCUUUCUCAGUGAGCUCCAAAAACAAAGCGGUAAUUAUACAUCAGUUCCUCGAUCAAGUACAACAGUUCCACUGUUGUCUUCAGCAGCAACUCCAAUAAUAAAAUCUGGUUCAGCUGUGGUUCAGGCCAGACUGGCCUUCAACUCCUUCACUCCCAUUCCCAGUGAGAGUUUGGUCCUCAGUGCCAUCACAUCUCUGUUGAGUUCUCGAUUCAAAGACCUCAGUGAUUCACUAACUGUGCUGAACUUCACCUACGAGAAUGUUUCAGAGACAUCCUAUGCAGUCAUCUUCACAUUCAGCAUCAGUAACAUGAGCAUUCCAGAGAACCCCGACCUAAGGAAUGGCACCUACACCCAAGUGGAGAACAUUAUCAGUAAUGCUCUUACCAUAAUCCUGGCUGGCCCAGUGAAUUCUACUUUCCAUCCUCAAAACUCCAACUUCACGAACAUAUUUAAUCAGAUUGUCGGGGAAAUGCUGUACAAUUUCCAAAAGGAAAACAUUACACAACUAAUCAACUUGCUCAAUAUUUUAAACGGUUUGUCACCAACCACCACUGUGCAGAGCACUUCACCUCCAUCUAUACUGGGGACUGUGUUGAUUUAUAUCCGUCUAGUGUUUAAGAACUUGACCAAUGUACCAAGUGAGGCUGAUGUUCUCAAAGCUGCCAAUGCUCUGCUAGACUCAAGUGUCAGGUUGGCACGAGAUACUGAAACAGUAAGAGUGUAUAAUCCUGUCAGCAUACAGAAUGUCACCUACCAGAAAUUCGGCAUCAACUCGUACAUUAUUAGCUUUGGAUUUGAAAUUAGCAAUAUAAGCUUUACUGUAAACACGGGACUACGGAAUGAAACAUAUGAUGUAAUCCAAAGCACCAUCAACCAUCUGCUUAACAGAAUUCUGAAUGCCCCAAAUUCUACACCAUUUACCUUCCCAAGAGCAAACUAUAUGAGUAACUCUACCAUGAUUGUGGCUGAUUCAGAAUAUGUCUUUUCGGAAGGUGAUAUCAAUUUCAAACCAAGUGGAUUUCUUUCUCAGAUACUCGUAGUUAGUGGUCUGAGUUCCCCAUCCCCUAACACCACAGUUCCCACUUCUAAUCUCACUUCUGAGUUUGGUUUGUUAUCAACCCUCACUGAGAAAGAGCUUCCAGGAUGGGCACUGGCCAUCAUUAUCCCCUGCAUUAUAGCUAUUAUUCUCAUACCAUGCUGGAUUCUACUCUGCUGUCUGCUGUGUGGCUGCUGUGCUGGUUUAAGGAGACGUUACAGUCGAAGGCGGUCCUACAAUGUCCAAUACACAACACGAAAUGGACUCUUUUAAAAACAGACUGAAAGCAGACAGUUCCUCCCAAAAGAUGUUAAAAAAAAUGAAAAAAAAUAUCUAGUUUGAUUUAAAGAAAAUAAUAUAAUUUAUAUAUUUAACUGAUUCAUACUUUCCAUUUUAAUUGAUUAUUUCUAUGCCACAAAAUCAAUACAUUUCUAAAGUCUUCAUUAGCAGAUAUCAUAUGAAACUUUUCUAGGUUGAAGUGAAUGAAAUAUUGAAUGCACUAGUGAAUAAUACUUUCAAUUUAAAUUUUAAUUUAUUCUUUAAAUGAAUGUCUUGGAAAUAAAUGUAAUCCAAUUCUAAUUAAUAAUAAUUAUAGUUUUAAUUUUUUUUUCCUGACCGGGCAUUUAGAAUAUAACACAAAAUUCUUUGCAGUCUGUUUCACAAGCAUUAACAACACAGCAAAGCUAUCUAAAAUAAAUUAGCACACUUGCGCCUGUACAGGAGUACCACACAUCAAGUCAAUAAAUUAAAAUCGUCUGAUACAGCUGUGUAAAGUGCAGGUAUACAGUGGUACUGAGUCUUACUGGGUUAGGUGUUUGAAUAGUCCAGGUGAGUGUUGAGUAAUCUCACUGCCUCAGUGAAGAAACUGUUGCAGAGUCUGCCGGUGGUGGCACGGAUGCUCCUGUACCUUCUGCCAGAUGGCAGGAGGGUGAAUAGUCCAAUUAAAGGGUGAGAAGGUUCCUCUACAAUACUAGUGGCUUUGCAAAUGCAGUGGUUGUUGUAGGAAGUGUUGAUGGUGGGUAGACAGACCCCGAUGAUCUUUCCAGCUGUCCUCCCAAUUCACUGUAGGGUCUUGCGGUCAGAGACUGGUCUGCUUCCGUACCACACGGUGAGACGGCUGGUCAGGAUGCUCUCUUUUAACCCUCUGUAGUAGGAGGUGAGGAUGGGAGGGUUCCCUUCAGCUCCCUCAGGAAGUGGAGGCACUGCUUGAGCUUCUUGGCCAGGCAGGUGGUGUUGAGAGUCCAGGAGAGGUCCUGUGUCAUGUUCACCAAGAAGCUUUGUGUUAACUAAGUAUUUUAAAAGGAACUUCAGUAUGAUCAUCAUUAUAGUUUGAACUUUAAGUGUCUUGUAUAGGAUGUUCUCUUGUAUCUCUUUUAACUGAAAUUGUCAACUAUUCUCUGAACUAUUCUCUGGGUGCAGCUGAAGAAUUGGGCAGAAUUUCAGAAGAGCUCUACUCUCAUUUAUUUUUAAUGUGCUUUUCAGUGCACUUUCAAAAAAACUCAACUAAAAAGGGCAAACCAAUCUAGCUCCGCCUUCACCAGCUUUUGCCUGGUUCAAGUUCAAGGUUCUAGUUCAUGCUCUGUGGGCAUGAGUACGUGUUGCAUGAACUACCAGCUCUGCACCUCUCUCUUUCCCUCUAGUUAUAACAGUUACUGAAAGCACAAAGAAACUAUAUUAAGACUGGCGGUAAUAGGUGGACACAGGUGAGAAUUAUCACAUUAAGAGAGGUGGGUAGUCAUAAUUUUACUCAAGUACAAGUAAAACUACUUCUAUUACUUAAACUAUUUAAAUCUCAGACUACAUGCAGAACUGUAAGUCACCCAUGUGAAUGGGUGAAUGAGAAACAGUGUAAAGUGCUUUGAAGAACCGCUAAGGUUAUAAAGCGCUAUGUAAGUGCAGACCAUUUACCAUUAUAUGUGAUAAGCUAAUUAUCUGAACUACAUAUAUCCAUUAAUAUUUAACAGUAACGGAGAAACGCCACCGGUUGUACUGAAGUAAAACUACAUUUCUAGUCUUACAAGUCCAUUUUAUUUCAAAAGUAACUCAAGUAAAUGUAGUCCAUUACUACCCACCUUUUCAUAUUACCUGCUGGUUCAACCCACCUCCUAUUUAUCCACAGCUGAUGCACGACCACACCCCCACUACCACAAUGUUAUCCUUUAAGGUACCUGCCUGGUAUCAUCCCAUGGUAAACCCACGGUGAUCUGUAAUCUAUCCAUCCUCAGCAGCAGCUGGGACCAUCAAGGGGCAAUGCUAACCCUUAUCAGUGGAUAAGACAUUGGACUGGUUGUGAGUUCAAAUCUCAGCACUUCCAAACUACCACUGCUGGGUGCUUCACCCUCAACUGCUCAGAUGUAUAAAAACAUUAGAUAAUUGGAAGUCACUCUGGAAGAGGCAUCUGCCAAAUGCUGUAAAUGUAAAUAUUUAUACUCUACUUCAUUUUGGAGCCACCUUGACCUAAGAAGCACUUACAUCUGCUGAGGUUCGCCCCUCAUGGAUACCCUAAAGAUGAUUCUGGCUGUUUUCUUUUGAGCAGCCUAAUGAUCGCUUUUGUUAACAACCAUUGCUCAAGUCUCUUUUAUUACACAGUGGAUAAUUUCACCUGGAUAAUUUCAUAUUAUAGACCAAAAACUCUACUGAGUUCAACAAUGACCCUGCUUUUAUACUGACGAUCUUUAGAACAUGCUGCACUGCUUGACACUAUAGUCUACAAUUGUAGCAGUAUAAUGACUUUCUAUAUUCUAUAUAAUGAAUACUCUCACUAUUCACUGUCACCCAAAAGAAGAUGGGUUCCCUUUUGAGGCUGGUUCCACAUUUUCUCCUUACCACCAUAUUACUGCUCAUGAGGGAUAAAUCUAAAUCCUCACCUAUAUCCAGAUAUCUAUAAAGCUGAUGUGUGACAAUGACCAUUGUAAAAAAGCACAAUAGAAUUAAAAUGUA